AAACAGCAGCAACGGCAGAGGCAGGCGGGCGAGGUCAAGAUGGUGGCUCCGCGGGCGGGGGAGGCGUUGGAGGGAGGAGGAGCCAGACCUUAGCCGGCCGGAAACACAGACACCCAGAGGCCUCCCGGGAGCCUCCGCCGCCUGCUCCAGCUCGAGAGACGCGAGCGGGCGGCGGGGCAGGCAGUGAGACAGACCGGAGAGGAGGGAGGGCGGGGGCGGAGUCGCCCGCCUUAGCCCCCGCCCCUGGCCGUGGUCCCGGGCCCUGCCCCGCGCGGCCCUGCCCGGCUCGCCCAGCCCCGGUGUGGCAGCGGCUCAUGGCGGCGGUGGGGCCCCCGCAGCAGCAGGUGCGGAUGGCCCAUCAGCAGGUCUGGGCGGCGCUCGAGGUGGCGCUCCGGGUGCCCUGCCUCUACAUCAUCGACGCCAUCUUCAACUCCUACUACGAUUCCAGCCAAAGCCGGUUCUGCAUCGGGCUCCAGAUCUUCCUCCGGCUUCUUGGUAUAUUUGUAUCCAGUAUUGUUCUGAUCUUGUCACAACGAUCACUUUUCAAGUUUUACAUGUACAGUUCGGCCUUUCUAUUAGCUGCAACUUCAGUGUUGGUAAAUUAUUAUGCUUCUUUGCACAUUGACUUCUAUGGUGCCUACAACACAUCAGCUUUUGGAAUUGAGCUGCUUCCUCGCAAAGGGCCCUCACUAUGGAUGGCACUCAUCGUUCUCCAGCUGACCUUGGGCAUUGGAUAUAUUACACUACUGCAGAUCCAUUCCAUCUAUUCACAAUUAAUUAUUUUGGAUCUCUUAGUUCCUGUAAUAGGCCUGAUCACAGAGCUGCCAUUACACAUCCGAGAGACUUUAGUUUUUACUUCUUCCUUGAUUCUCACGUUAAACACAGUGCUUGUCUUGGUCGUGAAACUUAAGUGGUUUUAUUAUUCUACACGAUAUGUUUAUCUUUUAGUGAGGCACAUGUAUCGAAUUUAUGGAUUACAGUUAUUAAUGGAGGACACAUGGAAGAGGAUUCGUUUUCCAGAUAUACUGAGAGUCUUCUGGCUAACAAGAAUUACAGCUCAGGCUACGGUGUUGAUGUACAUCUUAAGGAUGGCAAAUGAAACUGAUUCCUUCUUUAUCUCUUGGGAUGAUUUCUGGGACCUCAUUUGCAAUCUUAUAAUUAGUGGAUGUGAUUCUACACUAACUGUACUGGGCAUGAGUGCUGUAAUUUCCUCAAUAGCCCAUUAUUUGGGCCUUGGAAUAUUGGCUUUUAUUGGAUCCACUGAAGAGGAUGACAGGCGACUUGGCUUCGUAGCACCUGUUUUAUUUUUUAUUUUGGCUCUUCAGACUGGUUUAAGUGGGCUAAGACCAGAAGAGAGACUUAUUCGCUUAAGUAGAAACAUGUGCCUUUUAUUAACUGCAGUCCUGCAUUUCAUCCAUGGGAUGACAGACCCUGUAUUAAUGUCUCUCAGUGCCUCUCAUGUGUCAUCUUUUCGCAGACAUUUUCCUGUGCUCUUUGUCUCAGCUUGCCUGUUUAUUCUUCCCGUUUUACUCAGUUACGUGCUUUGGCAUCACUAUGCGCUAAAUACGUGGUUGUUUGCAGUUACAGCCUUUUGUGUGGAACUCUGCUUAAAAGUAAUUGUUUCUCUCACUGUUUAUACAUUAUUCAUGAUUGACGGCUACUAUAAUGUCCUUUGGGAAAAGCUUGAUGAUUAUGUCUACUAUGUUCGUUCAACAGGCAAUAUUAUUGAAUUUAUAUUUGGAGUAGUAAUGUUUGGAAAUGGGGCUUACACUAUGAUGUUUGAGUCAGGAAGUAAAAUUCGGGCUUGUAUGAUGUGUCUACAUGCAUAUUUUAACAUCUACUUACAAGCAAAAAAUGGCUGGAAGACAUUCAUGAAUCGUAGGACUGCUGUUAAGAAAAUUAAUUCACUUCCUGAAAUAAAAGGGAGCCGCUUACAAGAGAUAGAUGAUGUAUGUGCAAUCUGCUAUCAUGAGUUUACGACAUCUGCUCGCAUCACGCCAUGUAAUCAUUAUUUCCAUGCACUUUGCCUUCGGAAAUGGCUGUACAUUCAAGAUACUUGUCCAAUGUGCCAUCAAAAAGUGUACAUCGAAGAUGACAUUAAGGAUAACUCAAAUGUAUCUAACAACAAUGGAUUUAUUGCACCGAAUGAAAAUCCAGAGGAAGCUAUAAGGGAAGCUGCUGCUGAAUCUGACAGGGAAUUGAACGAAGAUGACAGUACAGAUUGUGAUGAUGAUGUUCAAAGAGAAAGAAAUGGAGUGAUUCAGCAACACACAGGCCCUGCGGCUGAAGAAUUUAUUAAUGAUGAUACUGACUGAUUAAAAUAGCAUUUGCUAAUCAUUGAGGUAUUUGUUUAAAAUUCAGUUCAUCCAAAAUGGAGUAAUAUGCUUCACUUCAGUGUGUAACCAAGCACAAAAACAGUAUCCAUGUUGAAUCUGUGAAUGGUUUUCCGUUUACUGUGAUGUGCUACUGUAAAUAUACCUCUUUAAUUACUUCUGGUCUCUUUGGUGACCUAUUUAAAUUUGUGUACAUUGUUGUACAUAGAAUAAAAUGUUUUCACGUUUUUAUGACAAAAUUUGAACAACUAGCUUUUUAAUAGAUGUAAUGAUAAUACAGUGCAUCAACUGUGCCAAAGAUUCCUCAAUGAAAGCAUAUGAAAGUA